CCCAGCUUCCAGGGACCCAGCUUCCAGGGACCCUCACUCAUCCGGUCGCGCCAGUGGAUGAAGGACCUCCAGUCUGGCAACACAGCAGAUGGUGACCACGUCGUGAGCCUUACCUGCGAACAGCUAUUAAGACUCCAGGCUGUUGCCCUUCUCUUGCAAGCUAUUGGCUCUCUUUCUGAGCUACACCACCUGGGCUAUGGGCAUCAGCCUGGCUAGCAGCAAGUCAUGGCGUGUGUGGGAGUUAAAGAGCGACACCAUCAGUGAGGUGUUCAUCGGGCUGUGGGAGGUCCUGUAUUUCCAGAAGAUCAACAUCUCCAGCUCCAAUGUUAAAACACCCGUGUACAGCAUCAUCAACUCCAGCUGGGUUGUCUCAAACGCGAUCUGGUACGGGCAAGACCUGAUACUGCUGUCAAAUUUCAUGAAAUCUGUCGUCAUGGUUUUUGCUACCGUUGCCAUGAUGAUUACUUGGAUCAGAGCCCCGUACCCUGAGUUCCUCCGCUUGUGUUACAACAUCUCCAGCUUUUUCCUGCUCCUCAGCAGUAUCUGCACCCUGACCACGGUAUGCUGGAACUACUCUGCAGAAUUCUAUGGCCAAACCACCCUGGAGUUUCCGGUGGGCUUUCCAAUUGCAAAAGAGCUGAUCACCAAGAAGCGCUUCACCUACGUGUUCCCACUUGGCUUAGCCACUUCCAUCGUCUCGGUGAUCUGUGCCUCCAUGUUCCUCAGUGAAAGCUUUUUACUCCGAGAGUGGAUCCAAGAAGUGUUGAACGACUUGGCCUCCUCCUCCCCAGUCUUGAGCUAAGUGGGUGGUGCACUGUUUACAGUGGCUGCCCAUAGCUUUCUUGAAGAGCAGUCCAUGUGCACGUAAUAUUGUCACUAUCCUGGUGGCAUUUGAAAUAAAACAUCUCUGCUCAUGCA